AUGGCACUGCUCCUGCUGGGCCUGGGGCUGAGCCUGGUCUUCGCCCAGGACCUCAACCCCCGAGCCAUCGUGCGGAGGAACUAUGACAUAUCCAAGGUGUCAGGGACCUGGUAUUCUAUUUCCAUGGCCUCGACUGACAUGAAAAGGAUAGAAGAAAACGGGGAUCUGUGGGUCUUCGUACAGAGCAUUGAAAGCCUGGAAAACGGGGGUCUGAGAUUCAGUUUCCACUUCAUGGUGCACGGUGAGUGCGUGGAGGUGGCCGUGGUCUGUGAUAAAACGGACAAGAAUGGGGAAUACACCGUUACAUACUUGGGGGAGAACAGGUUGCUGGUCUCAGAGACUGACUACCGGCUGUACAUCACCUUCCAUCUCUGGAACGUCAGAAACGGGACGGAGACGCAAGUGCUGGCACUCUACGGACGGAUCCCAGAGUUGAAACCCAGCUUCCUGGAAAGAUUUGAAAAAAUCUGCAAAACAUAUGGACUUGGCCCAGAAAAUAUUGUCACCAUGAGCAGCAAAGGUGAGCAGCGGCACCAAGUGAGGUCCAGCCAUGCCCCCGACACUCCAUGUGAAAGGAACACGGUGCGUCUCAAGGAGUGGCGUCGAGUGAAAGCGGCCAACCUCAAACGUGCCCGUGAGGGGGACAUCUGCGUAGGGGUGGUGGCACCAGUGUCAGCAUCCGGGGGCAUCAUGCAGGCGGUCACCACCGGGGAGAACAGGUGA